UUAGAGUUACAUAAAGUCAUCAUCACCUAGACGCUUGCCGGAAACAAGAGGACAAGUUGGCGAUACUGUCAUAUUUUUUGACAGCCUGUUCUUGUCGCAUGGGAGGAUCCUUCUGAAUCACAAUGAGCACUAAACGUGUGAACACAACAGCAACUGCUCGCCUGAAGCAGGAUUACAUGAGGAUAAUGAAGGAUCCUGUACCCUACGUCAGAGCACUGCCCCUCCCUUCCAAUAUACUGGAGUGGCACUAUAUAGUUACAGGACCAGAAAAAUCUCCCUAUGAAGGUGGAAUAUACCAUGGGAAGCUCAUAUUUCCACGAGAAUUUCCAUUCAAACCACCCAGUAUAUACAUGAUUACUCCAAAUGGAAGGUUCAAGUGCAACACAAGACUGUGUCUGUCUAUCAGUGAUUUCCACCCUGACACAUUUAUAUUUUUCUGGCCCAUUUCGCCCUUACUAACCCCUUUACUGGAGAAGGAUCCAACGCUAGGGAGUAUAGAAACAUCAGACUACACUAAGAGACAGCUAGCUGCCCAGAGUGGUUCUUUCAAUCUCUCAGACAAGGUCUUCUGUGAUCUCUUUCCUGAUGUUGCAGAGGAAAUUAAGGAAGAACAGCAAAGAAGAGCAGAAGAAUUAAGACAGUCAACCAACCGUGGAGCAAUAGGUCAAAGGUCACAUUCAAAUGAUGGACCAAACCCAGCAGACCAUGAAAACCAGGGACUGUUUGGGAGUGCACUGGCAAAUAUCUUUGUGAUUGUAGGACUUGCAGCUUUUGCAUACACUGUAAAAUAUGUUCUUAAAAGCAUUGUUGAGUAGGGGAGGUGAUAAUUUCUGACCUAGACUAUGAAUGGUUGUACUGGAAUGUCUUUCAUUAAGUCUUCUUUUUAAGAGGUACUGUUUAUCAUCACAAUAAGGAACCCGAUUGGGCCUUGUUUUGUUAAAAUUCACAUACUAAAUGAGAGCUUUCUUCCUAGGAUUUAGUGUAGAUACUUGGAAUGAGCUCUCAGUGUCAUUUAGAAUAUUCAUACAUUAAGUGUUGGGAAAGUAAAUCAGAUAAAAAGAAAAUUAGAUAUUAUCUGAUUGGUCAUUGCAAAUACUUCAUGAAGAAUCUCUACAUAAAUGUUUGUGAGGUUGUAAAAAUUUUUGGAGCUAAUACUUUCGAUACCAGAGGCCAUAUUUCUUGUAUUUACCUGGAAAUUUUUUUUCAAUCAUUUCAGGUGGAAAAAAUAAGUAUCAAGAAAUGUAAAUAAGGAAUUUUUUUCAAUAAAACUUGAUGAUACAUGUAUAUGAAAUUGAAAUUAAGGAAAUUAAAAGAAAGAGAAAAAUUCCGUAUGUAUGAAUUGAAUUUAAUAUUAUUUUCUGGAGGUUAAGAAAAUGUUUGAUUUGUGGUUGGGAGGGGGCAAACACAUAAGUAGAAAUUUAUUUAGAGACGGCCUGAUCUAAUAAUAACUUUGGAGUAAUCUAAUAAUGACUUGGGAAAGACUUGACACAUUUUAAUUUUUUUAUGUUAAAUAAAGUGUUAAGUAGAAUGGAUAAGAUAAGAACUCUAUGAUUGAUGCUGUUUUGUUUUGUUACAUGUGACAUUAAAUAGUAACAUAGUGUUUACCAGGCAUGUUUCAACUUUUAAUGUCAUUAAAAAUACAUUUUGAAAUUCGUUGUUCAUUUUAUACGAAAUAUAAUUCUAUAACUUAAAGAAUCUUUCAUAAAAGACUGAUUAGAACACAAAAAUGAUUUUAUUGUGGUUAUUAUUUUUUUUUUAAUAUAAAAAUGGAUUAAAAUAAUACCUAUAAAACAGAGGGGUUAUAUAUUGUAUUAAAAUGUUUAAUUUUGUAUAUGAACUGAAUGCUGCAGGAGACUAAUUUUAUGUUGAAAAGUGUUUUUAAAAAGAAUACAACACCUGUGUAUGUAAGCAUUUUAUUUAGUUUUUGAAUAAUGACAUAAACUUACUACAUGUAUAUUUGUAUGCAUUCUAUGUAGAUUCUUAUUUCCUUGUUUUUAAUACACAUACAUCUGUAUAAAGUUGAUGAUAAAUUUUAGAAAUA